CAUGUGUUUACGUUUGUGAGGUUUUACCGUCGGGUCUAUAGGUCUACGUACUGAAGUGAAAACUGACACACCGGCUGUUUUCGAAGACAUUUUGCAAAAUAUCUCUUUCCUAUCACGUUGAAUCGAAACUGGUGGAGCACAAUGGCGGCAGAUAAUAUUGUCAUAAAACAGGAAGUGACCGAUGCUAUGAAUCUCGAGGAACGUAUCUUGGAGAUGUGCAAGGAAGAGACUAAAGGUGUCGCUGAUGUCUACAUCAAACAGCAGCUACCCCACAUAGAUGCUCAGCAGAGAGUCAAAGCUAUCAAUCGUCUGCUGUCACUGGGCAAGAUAGAUUUGGUGAAGCAAGGCUCUGAACUGCUGUACAGACUCAAAGAUCCAUCCUCCAUCAGUAAAGUGAAAGGCGUUGACAACCAGGAGAGACUGGUCUAUCAGAUCAUUGAGGAGGCUGGCAACAAAGGCAUCUGGAUCCGAGACAUCAGGCUUCGUAGCAACCUCCUCCUCACGCAGCUCAACAAGAUCCUCAAGACGCUGGAGAGUCGUAACCUCAUCAAAGCUGUCAAGUCUGUCGGAGCCUCAAAGAGGAAGGUGUACAUGCUUUUCAAUUUGGAGCCUGAUCGGUCGGUGACUGGAGGUGCUUGGUACAGUGACCAAGACUUCGAGUCUGAGUUUGUGGAAGUCCUCAACCAGCAGUGUUAUAAAUUCCUCCAACAGAAGGCUGAUCUAGCAGCAGACUCAAAGCUGGAUCCAAUCUUGAGAAGAAAUCAAUCCUACGGUUCGUCCGAAGAUGUCUGGAAGUUCAUCCGCGAACUUGGCAUCAGUAAGGUUGAACUGGCUGUUGAAGACAUUGAAACCAUCCUGAACACCCUCAUCUAUGAUGGCAAGGUGGAGAUGACAGUUUCACUACGGGCAGGGUCCACAUCGUCUGGCACACCAGGGCAAGUCAAACUGUACCGAGCUAUCCGACCAUUGACUGAGCCUGCUGGGAUCAUGAGGGUCCCCUGUGGGGUGUGUCCGGUGUUCAACCAGUGUUAUGAUGGGGGAACAAUAUCACCCUCUACAUGCAUCUACAUGAAGGAAUGGAUGGAUUACUGAACUGAAGAUAACUCUUCCUCAGGAGUUGGCAGCCUGUGAAAAUACCAUCCACCAGGCUGCUUUUUGCUGAAAUAUGUAGUCAAACUGCUGAAGGAGAUAGAGGCCGUUGAUGAGUGACUCAAUCUCCAGAUAGGAACAAUCCCAAACAUCCUGAAAUGUAGAGACUUACCAGGUCUACUACAUGAAGGAAACACCUUUCCUGUAGGUUGGGUAGAGUGACAUCAGUUUUGAUCGGUUGCUAUGUGUUACCAUGGCAUUCAGCACUCCAGACUCAAGAACCAUUGAAUUUCAAGAACAUAUGUAGGUCUGGGAGCUACAUAAGCCAAUGUAGCGGUUACACACCUAUGUUCUGACAUCCCUAUGCUCUGACACCCCUAUGGGCUACGGGCAGUAACCCUAACCCUCUAACCCUAGGUUUGUCGGAACAUAGGUUGAGCAGUUGGGAGAUAGGGGCGUCGGAACAUAGAGCAGUCACCAAUGUAGCAAAUUCCCGGAUGUCCACCCCACCUGUAAAAUAAAAAUGACCAACUACCAGACUGGACCCAAUUUCAGACAGCUGCUAAGCAAAUUUAUGUGCUGAGAACCAGCGGACUAGGCAGUAUACAUUACACAAUGUUUUAGCUGGUAACCUGUUUUUGUUGUACAUGCUCAGCAGAUUUAUGUGAAUCAUAGCUCCAUGCAGCGUACCAAUACUGACAUCUUUACCACUUGACCAAUGAGUCAAUUUGAUUAGAUUAUUUAAUAAUAAUAAUAAUAAUAAUAAUAAUAACUGUAUUUAUAUAGCGCUUUUUGCCAGAGGAUACAAAGCGCUGGGGGAGAAUGCAACCAAAGCCAGGUAAAUGAAGUUUAUGAACAUAUGAGACCCAUUAUGUAGCACCUUUUUGCUAGGUGCUACGGCGCAUAAUUGCUGCCAUUUAAGUGGAGUUCAUGGGCAUUGCCAGGAUUUUUUCCAGGGGGGCAAAGCAAUUUUUCCCCAAAAUUCCUUAACUUUUUCAUCAUAUUCUCAAUUUAUCAUUUUUAUGAGUGUGAGCAGGGGAGCAUUUGCCCCCCCCCCCCAUCAAAUUAACAGCAAUAUGGUUUCACACUUCUUCUUUUGUGUUUUUUUUCUUUUUCAUUUAUUUUACCCUCAAAGAAGUGACUAUAUACAUGUACAUCAAAUAUUUUGCAUUUAUGUACUUAUAAUUUUGGUCAUAUUUGGUAUUUUCAUCAUGUUAUAAGAUCUCCUGAAAAUGAGUAAAAAAGGGGAAAAUAUGUUGCUUAAAAGUUAACGAUAUGUUACAAGAAAUAAAAGACAGAGAGAUAUUCUAGUCGAAUUUAAA